AUAAUUGCCAAGAUUACUUGCGAAGAGGAAGCGAGGAGCGGGUCGCAACGCAUAAGAACGCGUUGCGUCGCGCGGUGACACGACAUUCAUCUACGCGAUAUCAUCGGUGCUGCGCUGACGUUGUGCUCAACUUUCUGCUGCGCGAGAAGAUCAGGUGAUCGAGAUUGAUCAAGGAUGAAGUUAACUAUCGCCCUCCUGAUGGCCGUCGCCGUCAUCGUACUUUCGACGGCAGUCAUGGCAGCGGAUGAGACUGAUGACUACAUUCAUUUGCCAGGAAAAACCUGCGACGAUGCACCGCCUUGUCCUGACGACAGACCCUGCAUGAUGGCCCCACCUCGUUGUAACGCCGGCACCUGCGGUACAGAUCCGGUGCCGACUUGCGGGCCGAAACCCUGAUUCCACAAGACCACAAAGGGAGACGAUCUUUACCGUACCGUCAACUCCCUCGUUGUAUCUGCACGCUUUUUGUAUUAAUAAAAAGAUGUUUAAUCGAG